AUGAGUUCCUCGCCUGUUAAUGUAAAAAAGCUGAAGGUCUCGGAGCUGAAAGAGGAGCUCAAGAAGCGGCGCCUUUCCGACAAGGGCCUCAAGGCCGAGCUCAUGGAGCGACUCCAGGCCGCGCUGGACGACGAGGAGGCCGGGGGCCGCCCCGCCAUGGAGCCCGGGAACGGCAGCCUAGACCUGGGCGGGGAUUCCGCCGGGCGCUCGGGAGCAGGCCUCGAGCAGGAGGCCGCGGCCGGCGGCGACGAGGAGGAGGAGGAGGAGGAAGAGGAGGAGGAAGGAAUCGCCGCCCUGGAUGGCGACCAGAUGGAGCUAGGGGAGGAGAACGGGGCCGCGGGGGCGGCCGACGCGGGCCCGAUGGAGGAGGAGGAGGCCGCCUCGGAGGACGAGAACGGCGACGAUCAGGGCUUCCAGGAAGGGGAGGAUGAGCUCGGCGACGAGGAGGAAGGCGCGGGCGACGAGAACGGGCACGGGGAGCAGCAGCCUCAACCGCCGGCGACGCCGCAGCAACAGCCCCCACAGCAGCGCGGGGCCGCCAAGGAGGCCGCGGGGAAGAGCAGCGGCCCCACCUCGCUAUUCGCGGUGACGGUGGCGCCGCCCGGGGCGAGGCAGGGCCAGCAGCAGGCGGGAGGAGACGGCAAAACAGAGCAGAAAAGCGGAGAUAAAAAAAGAGGGGUGAAAAGACCUCGAGAAGAUCAUGGCCGUGGAUAUUUUGAGUACAUUGAAGAGAACAAGUAUAGCAGAGCCAAAUCUCCUCAGCCACCUGUUGAAGAAGAAGAUGAGCACUUCGAUGACACAGUGGUUUGUCUUGAUACUUAUAAUUGUGAUCUACAUUUUAAAAUAUCAAGAGACCGCCUCAGUGCUUCUUCCCUCACUAUGGAGAGUUUUGCUUUUCUUUGGGCUGGAGGAAGGGCAUCUUAUGGUGUGUCAAAAGGCAAAGUCUGUUUUGAGAUGAAGGUUACAGAGAAGAUCCCAGUAAGGCAUUUAUAUACAAAAGAUAUUGACAUACAUGAAGUUCGGAUUGGCUGGUCACUAACCACAAGUGGAAUGUUGCUUGGUGAAGAAGAAUUUUCUUAUGGGUAUUCUCUUAAAGGAAUAAAAACAUGCAACUGUGAGACUGAAGAUUAUGGAGAGAAAUUUGAUGAAAAUGAUGUGAUUACAUGUUUUGCUAACUUUGAAAGUGAUGAAGUAGAACUCUCCUAUGCAAAGAAUGGGCAAGAUCUUGGCGUUGCCUUCAAAAUCAGUAAGGAAAUUCUUGCCGGAAGGCCACUUUUUCCACAUGUUCUCUGCCACAACUGUGCAGUUGAAUUUAAUUUUGGUCAGAAGGAAAAGCCAUAUUUGCCGAUACCGGAAGAUUAUACUUUUAUCCAGAAUGUCCCCUUGGAGGAUCGAGUUAGAGGACCAAAGGGGCCUGAAGAGAAGAAAGAUUGUGAGGUUGUUAUGAUGAUUGGCUUGCCAGGAGCUGGGAAAACCACAUGGGUUACUAAACACGCAGCAGAAAACCCUGGUAAAUACAACAUUCUUGGAACAAACACCAUAAUGGAUAAAAUGAUGGUGGCCGGGUUUAAGAAGCAGAUGGCGGAUACAGGAAAACUGAACACCCUGUUGCAGAGAGCUCCCCAGUGUCUUGGAAAGUUUAUUGAGAUUGCUGCCCGUAAGAAGCGAAAUUUCAUUCUGGAUCAGACCAAUGUGUCUGCUGCUGCCCAGAGGAGAAAAAUGUGCCUGUUCGCAGGCUUCCAACGAAAAGCUGUUGUAGUUUGCCCGAAAGAUGAAGACUACAAGCAGAGAACACAGAAGAAAGCAGAAGUCGAGGGAAAAGACCUACCAGAACACGCAGUCCUCAAAAUGAAAGGAAACUUUACGCUGCCCGAGGUGGCUGAGUGCUUUGAUGAAAUAACCUAUGUUGAACUGCAGAAGGAGGAAGCCCAGAAACUUCUGGAGCAGUAUAAGGAAGAAAGCAAAAAGGCUCUUCCGCCAGAAAAGAAACAAAACACUGGCUCGAAGAAGAGCAAUAAAAAUAAGAGCGGCAAGAACCAGUUCAACAGAGGCGGCGGCCACAGAGGCCGCGGCGGCUUCAACAUGCGUGGUGGCAACUUCCGAGGAGGAGCUCCUGGGAACCGCGGUGGCUAUAAUAGGAGGGGCAACAUGCCGCAGAGAGGCGGCGGCGGCGGCGGCAGUGGCGGGAUUGGCUAUCCGUACCCGCGUGGCCCUGUGUUUCCCAGCCGAGGCGGUUAUUCCAACAGAGGGAACUACAACAGAGGUGGAAUGCCCAACAGAGGGAACUACAACCAGAACUUCAGAGGACGAGGAAACAAUCGUGGCUACAAAAAUCAAUCUCAGGGCUACAACCAGUGGCAGCAGGGUCAAUUCUGGGGUCAGAAGCCAUGGAGUCAGCAUUAUCACCAAGGAUAUUAUUGAAUACCCAAAUAAAACGAACUGAUACAUAUUUCUCCAAAACCUUCACAAGAAGUCGACUGUUUUCUUUAGUAGGCUAACUUUUUAAACAUUCCACAAGAGGAAGUGCCUGCGGGUUCCUUUUUUAGAAGCUUUGUGGGUUGAUUUUUUUUUCUUUUCUUUUUUGUACAUUUUUAAUUGCAGUUUUAAAGUGAAUCGUAAGAGAACCUCAGCAUUGUGCACGAUAAGAGAAUGUGUCAGUAUUUCAGGGUUCUACAUUUUAUCUGUAAAAUGUGACUUUUUUUUUUAUCACAACAAAAGUAAAAUGUUGCUUUGUACCUGGUGUCUUUUAUUAAGAAUUUACUCCCCCCAUUUCUCACAGAGAUAACAGUCGGGAGUCAUUGUCACAAUAUAAUAGAAAUGUUAGCAACCAGAUUCAUGUAAGGACUAAGGCGUCCUCAUGAAUUGCAUAAGACUCUGUACUGCUCAUAGUACACUCCAUCCUCUCUGUAGUUCGCUGAGUAGUGGAGGGGGAAAGCUUCAAUAGUAGUUUCCGACAAUAACUGGGAAGGCUUUUUUUCUUUUUUUAAAUAACAAUGGAAUUGGCAUAAUUGGGAAUGAAGAUAAAAAUUGGAACCAAGAUAGAGAAGAUGGAGUGUAUGUAGAAGGGCUGUUAAAAAUGUAAAACUUGGUUGCAUUAUUUGUGGAGGCUCAAACUUGUGAAGGUUCAAUACCAUACUUUUUCCAUUUGUUCUGCAUUUUGAUUCUGAAAAGAAAGCUGGCUUUGCCCAUUUCUUAUUAAAAAAACUUGUUGUAAAUCCAGUUGUCUAAUGGGAUCUAUAUGAAGUUAGCUAUGUCUGUAUGCCCUUCUCCCACAAAAUACUGUAUAACUAGUGUGCUUGUAGUAGUUACUCCACCAUCUUUGUAAGCUAAUGACAUUGUGAGUCACCCAUUUAUAUCUUAAUUUUUAAUCAUGUCAGUUCUUGAAUGGGUAUCUCCUUAGCCUGCUGAUUUCUUUUUCUUUCUAAAGAAAGUGGGUGGAGAAAUUAAUUUAGACGUUUGUUUGCAAUAAAAAGAAUUCAUUUUACUCUCGUUUUGGGAUUCUCGCCAUCAAGGUUCAAAAUCCCUUUAUAAAACUCCCAAGAGGAGAAAAUUUAAGUGUGUGCUUUCUGGACAGCUUAUUCUUUACUCUGUACUUGGAACAUUUAGGUUUUAAAAACUUAAAUGUAUACUGAUAAUUGACUUUGAAUUAUGAAGUAAAGUUGAAUUCUUCCUUCCCCUCCCCCCCAGAUGACUUAACAUUUUAAUGAGGGGAAAUGGUGUACUGGCUGGGAGAAGUUAACACUCCAUUUACCAUCUUUACCAAAUGCUAAUGGCUGUCCUCAACCGAAUAUCUUAUACGCACGUAUCUAAUACAUGAAACUCUGGGAACCGAUGCUUUUAGAAGCCAUCAUGCGAGCCAGUCAUUGGUUUCACUACUACACAACACUGCUAACUUAACUGUAGCUAUGUGACGACAUUAGAUCCCCUAAUCGUAAUUCUAUUGGGUUUGCACAGAACACUUAAUCUUCUUAAAGGACCCUCACUGAUGUGAAGUGAGGAAUCAAUCAGGAGUCAAACUGUAGAACUAAAACUUGACUACAGUCUAGUGUUUUUUUGGUGUUUUAGGUUCUGGUAAGUUUAGGUUUGUCUAUUUGUUUGCUUAAGAUUUUUGUUUUAGCCAUUUUAAAUCAGAUCUUAAACUUCUUCAUAACUCCUAGGAAUUUCGCUACAAGCCGAGCUGGAGUUGAGUUUUAGAUGGUGGUGUAGGUGUAGUUGAUAAAUUUUGGAACAAAGGCUAAUCCUGUAAUUACCGCAAGGUACAAGGUAGUGUCUCGAGGGGUUUGUUUUCUUAGCAGUUAGCUUACUGGUAGCAACCGCUGGCAUGAACUGUUUUGCAGUAUACAUAAUAAUUACUAGGAUUGCACAGACCUACCCAGGGGAAAAAGUUCAACCUUUGUUGCUAAUCAGUGUUUUAGGUACCUUGGAAGAAUCGCGGAUCUAUCUUCUAGCUUGUAAGCAAUUCAUAUUCUAAUCAUCUCAGUGGGAGAGUAAUGGCCAAGUAACACUUCGGUAGACUGUCCUGCCUUGUGUAGCCCAGAAAAUUGGGGGAAGAAAGGUGCAAUAGAUAACAGGUACUGUCCAAGAGAAGGAAAGUUUCCAGAAGCAGCCUCCAGUUUAGCAUGUGUGCUGCCGAAGCGAGCAUGCAGCCUCGAGUUCACAGUUGAUACGUGUGGAAAGAAAGAAUCUUCGUGUUUAAGAAACUCAGAAGCUCAGAGGGUAGCAGGUCGCAAGCAGCAGGGAGAAGAGUGAGGACUGCCGCUUGGCCAGCUGAAGGGCUGCCAGUGAGAAACGAGGUUUAGUCUUUGACCCUCCUCCUGCCUCCCUCUCUGUGGCAAGCAAAACACCGAGUAAACGAAAGGCAUAGUUCUGAACAGGGGUCCCAACUCUCCCGUGAGAUGGCUGUUGCUUUAAGUGGUGCUUUCCCUAGAAAGUUCUGCAGGGAGUUGGACCAAUCAUCCGAAGUCAGGUGUUGGAUCAGAUUGGUCAGCUACAGUCGUGUCAAGACAGCAUGAAUAGGUGAGUCAGGAAAGAAGGCAGAAAGCACUGCAAGGUAGAAAUGGAGUAACUGAUGCCGUCCCAUAGAACGUUUCCAUUGGUUGCUGGUUGUUUACAUCUUGCUCACUCCUGUCUGGCCUUUGACGGCUCUGGCUUGGACCUAGGAGGCCAGCACUAACCUGGCCCUGAUACCGGAUACCCAUCACAGGAAGAUGAAAUCUUAGAAUGAAGCCCGAGUCAAGUCAGUCUGACAUUGAAAUGACAAAAGGAAGUCCUAUAAAAUCCACAAAACAAGCAGCUCACAUUGGCCUAGGAUAGGUCCUGUCUGGCAAUAAGGACAUUGAAACUAGAGGGUCCCGAGCACUAAAGAGGUGUUGAAGCUGCUUAAAAGACCCAUUUUCCUCGAAAAAGUGCUUAAAAUUUUUCUAGGAAAAGAAGUAUUUUUGACUUUGGAGAGAGGUUACAUUCAUGGACGGAUUAUGUUCUGUAUUUAAUGUUUGCAUCAGUUGUGUGAGUUGAACAACUUUUCUGUAAGGUUGACAUAAAUUGGCUUUUUAUCCUAGGAUCGUUUUAUACGUCCCAUUGCACAAAUAAAAAUGAAGUAUUUUCAUAGCUUCUUAAGCAGUGGUAUAGACUUGUCACAUACAAAGAUCUGAAGAUACAAUUCAAUGGGAGCAUAUCUGAUACUUGAAAAAGCCGAAACCAGAAGCAGCUUCUGUUGAAGAAGGCAUAAUCCUAUCUUUCAUAGCCCAAGUCUUGGUUUCUGAUAUUUAGACGUAAAUGUGGAUCUUAAGAAGUUUAUUUCCAUAAUUCCCGCCUUACAUGUAACUAUAAGACAUCUUUAAAAAAAAAAAAAAGAGGGUGGAACCUGUAGGAGAGAAUGAUUCUCUGCUCCCACACCCCAGAAUAGUCCGUGAAAUACUGUAGAAAUAUUUGUAGAAUUGCAAAAUACUGUAGAAAUACUGUAGAACGGUAUUUUUUUUAUAAAGCCAUUUUCUCCUAAAGUUCUUUAAAUGGUUUGAAUCGAAACUUUGUCGUUCCCGUUUCUGAGGCUCUGAGAGAAACUCUGUUUCAGUUUUAGCGUUUUUAGUAAGGAUAUGUGGUGUUCUGACCUUGGCAGUAGGUUGCAGUUGUUAAUACAAGCGUUAAAGGAUACUAAGUUAGUACUUUGAGGAAGAAUCACCUGCAUUAGCUCCCAAAACAGUAUGAAUUUAUUAGUGGAAACCGGUGUCUUCAUAUCGUUAGUGGCCUAAACUCACUUAAAACUAGAGUACCCUUCUGGUAACUUGGAUAAUUUUUAGAUUUGAAUGUCCUCCUUGGCCCUAUUAUGUUCAGCUUCUCCGCUAAAACAUGCAGGUGGUAGGUCUCACCAGUUGAGUGGUUGAGUUUUUAUUUUGGUUGCUCUAAUGCCCAUUUUUUGUUUUGUUUUGUUUUUAAUACCUAGUUGCCAAUGCUUACAGGUACCGUGUUAGACAAAUACUAAACAUCCUUUGUGUAGCUAACCUUUGUUUUACUAAUCUUUACUAACCUUGAUAAUGAAAUAAACCCUUCAGAAUUAUUUUGGAAGCGACCUAAAAGUGUGCUGAUGGAUACAGUAUGUAUCUCUUUGAGUGUGUGGGGUAGGACAAAGAGAAAACCCAGGGUCCGCAAGCAUCUUAACAUUCCAAAGUUUAAAUUUACGUAUACGUGAAAUCAAAUAGUUGAAAUAACCUACCUUCAUAGUUCAUUUUUACUGUGUUUUGCUAAAAACAUGGUACUUUAUUUGAUGGUCACACUUUGAUUUGGGGGGUGGCUGGAGCCCCCAAAGUGAGAGGGCUUUAGGUUGGUGGGAAAUGGCUAACAGUUUGCACUUACAGUAAGGCUAUACUGUCCGACCUACCCAGUUGACUAAAAAUCUAGGUGAUUGGACAUAUUUAAUUAGAUUGCCUAAGGACCUAAAUUUAGUCUGUAAGGCUGAGUAGAUUGUAAAAUACUAUGUUUGUAACGUUAACCUAGACUUAUUUUUAAAAUGUGACACCUGCAUGAAUUGGGAGGUUACGUUGGGGAUGUGCUGUCAGUAUGGAAAGCGGAGGAAGGACAGGUAUUUGGUAAUGACGUAGGUAACUGGGGAAUUUCGUUGUGAUCGCAGAUGAGUAUUUGUGAGGGAACAGACAGGCUGCUAAGCCAGCACAUCAGGAACCACUGGUUAGGUAGGUUAUUGGGACAAGACCUUAACAAUGUGCUUAAAUUGGUAUUUACUUGAUCAUUGCCUAGGAAGAUGACAGUUGUUUUCUCCCUUCUCAUGCCAGGAUCCAACACAUCCUUGCAUCUUGACAGGAACAGGGUUUUGCUUUUAAACAAAUCUGGAUCUGUGGGUAUGAGAAACAAUAUGCUGUAGUUGAAAGUGUCGAGGUAACAACCGUCCAGGCAGAUAGAGAAAGGUCUUCACGGGAAAGUUGACUUUCUCCUUUGCUGCACCGUUAGUGACCGCGACGCGGCCCGUGCUGCUGUGGGGAUUAGGGGCUGGAGAGCUCGCGGUCUGCCUUACGGACACGCAGCUUCCUGCCAUUGCUCUUCCAGUCCGUGAUCUCAGAGGAAGUCAGGUCUGCUUGGGACGGUAAAGUAUUCUGCACUUGGCAAGCGCUUGAGAAGCAUAUUCACUAAUGAGCAUCAGCGAAAAGAUUAAGAAACAAAAGCCAAGAACAGGGAGAUGGCCAGUAUGGUCCGCUGACCUGUGAUGUAAAAGCUGUGAAGAAUUAGGGCAUGCUGAGAGAAGGUGAGGUAAAAGCCAUCCUUCCGAAGAAUGGUUGGGGUUUACUUGAACGGCAGGUAACAGGUAGCUGUGAACAGAAGGUCUCCUUACGUUUCAGUUGUCUGUAGUGAACGGGAGUGGGAGCAUCAUGGUCAAGUACAAUAAAAGGUUCCAACUUAACAUAUAUUUUUUUAAGGUAAUAAAGCAAAAAAAGAAAAAAAAAUGCUGAUUUAAAUUUCAUCUCCUUUUCCUUAGUCUGUCCAUGUGAAUGUGCUGUGUGGAAGAGUAAAAGGGCCCAACUAAAUGUGUUCCAGUGAUUCUAAUAGGUAUUCCAAAUUAAUUGCUGCUUGUACAUUUAACACUUGUUACAUUGGGCUUCCAGGAUCACCUUCAUUAGAACUCCCUUAUGUAAAAGGAUGGGAAAAGGAAAUAACUGUUAACCCAGAUUGGGUAGAUUGUAUAAACGGGGGAAAAAAGGUUUUCUCACUUUACCCUUUGCACACCUGAGAUGUGAGCUAGUCAGUGGUGGUAAGCAGUUGGCGGUCCUCUCACCUAGGUUUAAGACUGCAAAUGGAGCCGAAUCCUUGUAAGGUUCUAACCAUUCAGAUUCCUUCUGUUUUAAUUUUUUGUAAGACAUUCAUUUUAAUACUUCUCACUCGCAGAGCUUAAAUACUUAAAAUAUUUUAAUGCAGAAAAAUGAGUCUAAGAUGUCCCUUGUUUUUCCCAACCUUCUGCAUCUAUGCAAAACGCACAAAUACUCUUUACUAGCUUAUAAACAUUUAGAAACUAGACAGAGCCUUUUGGAGAAUGAGGACAUAGCGCUCCAUGUCAAAGUGGGAAAAUCAACUAUAGGAAGUAAAUUUAAAUUGUAAAGACAGAAGGAAUAAAAAAGCUCGGUGUCUCCAGAGCAAAUAAUUUCUCAUUGCCCAAGAAGUCAUUUAAGACUUGCUAAGAAGCUUAGAGGAAAUCUAUUGUUCUUCCACCACAUACUCCAGAAUAAUGUAUCUUGGUGAAAUGAGAGGACCCGUCUGCUAUACUGAUUUGAAAUGUAGCUGUCAGGAGUUGCUCACUGAAACUCAGUUCUCCUGUGUCAACUAAAAAUCUAAUGGCUGAAAGAGCAGACAGCUCGGUUUCAGACCCAAAAGGUAAAAAUCCUAACAUUUUGUUCAUUUGAGGGGGGAAAAUUUUUUUUUUAACUAGAACAUUUGUUUCAGAAGCUUUGAAUUCAGAUGGCAAAGCAUAGAGUUCAUUGCAUAUGACUUGUCCUCAUGGUCUAAAUGGAAGAAACAUUUCAGUGGAAACCGAUAACAUUAAGAAACCAGGGUUGCAGAUGACUUUGAUUUCCUGAGGGGUAGACCAUGCAAGGUGGUUGAACAGAUUUUUGUUAACUUGAUCUAAACUUAAAAAGGGAACAGUAGAAGCCUUUCUAAAUCUCGAACCUGCUUAUAAUGUCACUGGUAAUUUUGUCAAGAUAGAAGGACGUGGUGGGCGGGGGCUUGGGGGGGUCAUCUAUAUUCUAGAAAACGAAGAGUAAGGCAAAUGUAGUUGAAAACCACUUGCAACACCUGUAGUGUUCGCGUUACAACAGCUUCAAAAUGUAAAACUUUUAAGAUCUUGGUAAUAAGUUUUUGCCCCCAAAGCUUCCGAUUUUAAGAGAAAAAGAUGGACUUAUUGCAUAAAAUCAGCUGCGUAAGAUGCCAGGACUCGGGUGGUGGAGGAUAUUGGUAUAUUGUCCUGAUUGAAUGACCACUGGACCCUAUUUUAAGAUGCUUCCAAAAAAUAUUCCAGAGGACCAUUAAAAAUCAGAAUUCGAGCAAUCGCUUUAAUUUUUCUACUUCAGAUUUUCUGUUUACCCAAGUAAAGCACAUAUAUUAACAUGAAUUUUAAAGGGGUGCCUUGACCCCCAUCACUACAGAUUUUUAUCUAGGAAUAGAAGGAUUCAAACCCUAUUUGAUCCCUAGCUCUUUGCUGAAAAGUGCAUAAACAGGAAUCCUGAAUUUAUUAUAUAGACCUCCUCGCAUUAUAUAAUCGAAGCAAAGGGAAACCAGCGAUGGAGUAGAGGUACGUAGACUAAAAAGAUGCUUGCGAAUCAAAUAAUGGUGUUAGGAAUAGUUAAAAUUUUUUGUUGCCGAACUCAGUCAUUAUAAAUCACAAGUCCAGAGAAAAGCUUCUAGUUAAUUUUAAAUUCCCUGAGGUCCUUUUACUGUGAUGGAAAAGCCAAAUAGUCAAGGAAAAGAAGGGAGGGGUUGAGGGAAGGGGGAAAUGCUUAGAGCACUAGAAAGAUUUAACGAAGUAUGAUAGAUAAAGCCGGGAAAAGUUUCUAAAACUACUAAUGACCACAAUUCUAUUUUAAUCAGCUAUUUAGCUGGUAUCUACUGCUAUAUCACCUAGUGUGAAGUUCUGGAGUUAACGGAACAAUGAAAGAAGCAGUGCAGCUGGAGGCUUCCGAGUGGGCACGAGAGGUCUCCAGUUGACGCAGUCCUUCUGCUGUCAAAGUGAACUAACCUUGUUACUGGCGAAGGCCUUGGAAAUUUUGCCGGCCAAGAGAGGUUUCUCUUACUCAGGGUAAGCUGUAACCCUCGUAUGGGAGAGCUAGGUGGGGAUUUAGUUGACUCCAUCCGGUUGCCCAGUUCUAUACUCUGCAUGCGUUUGUAAGCGGAAGCGGAGAUCGUAAGUGGCCUGCACAAACGUCGUUAAAGAUCGGGGCUGAGGAGUACUCUUCAGGGGUCCCCGUACUCCCAUACAGCACUGCCUCCUAAAAUGGGAGUGACUGGUCAGUUGGAGUAAUGCAGAUUGGAUUCAACUCUGACUUGUGCCCGUAGAGUGGACAGGUGGUACGGUCUUGGAAACUGCCUUUUCCUUUCUAACAACAGCCUUCCCUAAUUAGUGUCCAAGUCCUACCUUUGGUGGCUGCUAGAGGAUUAGGAUCAGUACAAGUAUCUGCGGGCUUGUGCUUGACCGUGGCAUUUGGUAAACCGCAUAGCCUGUGUGCGCUGCCCCUUGGAAGGACCCCAGGAAAAGUGGGCGCAGGAGGGAAGAUGCCCCUUCCUGUGAACCGGACCGAGCACACACUGCCCACUUCCCCCCUUGAAAAGCGGUGAGAGAACAAGGUAAAAAUCUCAGGAUAGCUUCACCUUCUCUGGCUUACCAUGAUAACCAAGUAAUAGGAUCAUUAACGAUGCCAGAGUCCUUGUCUUUUGUCUGCUGGUCUUUUUCAUUAUCCUUUCUUAACCAGGAACACCUCUAGCAUGUGUUUUGUGUUCUAUUUAAAAGAUUCUCUUAAAGUAAUGUUGACAUUAAAACAAAUUGCAUUGCUUUGGAGAGGGAGUUUUUUUUUCCUGAAUGAAUAAAUGCUGUGGACCUGGU